UUUCCUUCGGAUUCAACUGCUCUCUUCCUCUGAAAAAACAGAGCAAGAAAACAGAGAGCAUAAAAAUUCCAAAAACAAAAAAAGAAAUGGCAGAGAUCAGGGAUUGUUUGUGGCAAACCCAUCAGCCAAAUUCAGCUUUGCAAUCACCUUUUCAUGCACUUGACCCAAUUUCUCUCAUUCUUUCUCUGAACUCAAGCCCCAGUAACCCAAUUCCUUUGAGGCUUACAACAGAGAGUUAUAUAAUGGAAAGAGGUCCCAGAUACAGAGCAUAUGCACAGUUGAGAGAAACAAGGCUGAGAAUGAAAAGUGGGAAGCAACAAGAAAGGGAAGAAACUGAAUUUAAACAAACCCCCAAAAAGAAACUAGUUAAAUUUAGUUCAAGUUUGGGGAUUUCUAGGCAAGGGUCCCCUGUUUUGGGUCAAUCAGAGCCUGAUUUCACAGCUAGUUUGCGGAAAGAAAACCGGAAGCCGCGGGUCACCGGUGGGAUAGAAUUGACACCAUCAGGAAAGAAUUGGUCAAAAGGGAAUAAGGUUUUGUUGAAGAACUCAAGGGGGACUAAGUCUGCAAAUUCAGGGGAGAAGAAAGGAAGGUUGACGAUGGCAAGGGAGAGUUUCGCAAGAGUAUUGAAGUAUUGAAAAGGGUUUCAUUUUCUGUAUUGAAGUCUUGAAAACAAGCAUGGCUUUCAAUUUCACUUUGGUGUUCAAACUUGUUUUUCUUUUUCCUCAAUCGAUUUGUUGUAUAGAAGGAUUUAAUGUACAUGUUGUUUCCACAUGUUAGAGAAAUAUUUAGGCCGUGAAUCUGAAUUCUUUUCUUGCUAA